UGGCCCGCCACGGUACCUGACCGCGCGCCGCGCCCGCAGCCGAGCCCCGGAGCCAUGGCCCUGAGCGAGCUGGCGCUGCUCCGCUGGCUGCAGGAGAGCCGCCACUCGCGGAAGCUCAUCCUGUUCAUCGUGUUCCUCGCGCUGCUGCUGGACAACAUGCUGCUCACCGUCGUGGUCCCCAUCAUCCCAAGUUACUUGUACAGCAUUGAGCAUGAGAAAGAGGCCGUAGAAAUCCAGACUGCCAAGCCAGCGCUCACGGCCUCCGCCUCAGGCAGUUUCCAGAACAUCUUCUCCUAUUAUGACAACUCCACCAUGGUCACUGGAAACAACACCGGCGACCUUCCCGGGGGGCUGCUGCCUAAGGCCACCACACAGCGCACAGUGACUAACGGGUCCACUGCCCCUGCCGACUGUCCCAGUGAAGACAAAGACCUCCUGAAUGAGAACGUGCAGGUUGGCCUGUUGUUUGCCUCGAAAGCCACUGUCCAGCUCCUCACCAACCCGUUCAUAGGACUGCUGACCAACAGAAUCGGCUAUCCAAUUCCAAUGUUCACGGGAUUCUGCAUCAUGUUUGUCUCAACAGUUAUGUUCGCCUUCUCCAGCAGUUACGGCUUCCUGCUGGUUGCCAGGUCCCUGCAAGGCGUCGGCUCCUCCUGCUCAUCUGUAGCUGGGAUGGGCAUGCUGGCCAGUGUGUACACAGAUGAUGAAGAGAGAGGCAACGCCAUGGGGAUUGCCCUGGGAGGCCUGGCCUUGGGGGUCUUAGCGGUUCAGCUCUUUGUGCUCCAGCCGUCCCGGGUGCAGCCGGAGAGCCAGAAGGGGACGCCGCUCACCACCCUGCUGAAGGACCCGUACAUCCUCGUCGCUGCAGGGUCCAUCUGCUUUGCAAACAUGGGGAUCGCCAUGCUGGAGCCGGCCCUGCCCAUCUGGAUGAUGGAGACCAUGUGUUCCCACAAGUGGCAACUGGGCGUUGCUUUCUUGCCAGCUAGUGUCUCUUAUCUCAUCGGAACCAAUGUUUUUGGGAUCCUCGCACACAAAAUGGGGAGGUGGCUUUGUGCUCUUCUAGGAAUGAUAAUUGUUGGAAUCAGCAUUUUAUGUAUCCCUUUUGCAAAAAACAUUUAUGGACUCAUAGCUCCCAACUUUGGAGUUGGUUUUGCAAUUGGCAUGGUGGAUUCGUCAAUGAUGCCCAUCAUGGGCUACCUGGUGGACCUGCGGCACGUGUCGGUCUAUGGGAGCGUGUAUGCCAUUGCGGAUGUGGCAUUCUGUAUGGGAUAUGCGAUAGGUCCUUCCGCUGGUGGGGCUAUCGCAAAGGCAAUUGGAUUUCCGUGGCUCAUGACAAUUAUUGGAGUAAUUGAUAUUCUUUUUGCUCCUCUCUGCGUUUUUCUUCGAAGUCCACCUGCCAAGGAAGAAAAAAUGGCUAUUCUCAUGGAUCACCACUGCCCCAUUAAAACAAAAAUGUACACUCAGAAUAAUAUCCAGGCGUAUCCGAUAGGUGAGGAUGAAGAAUCUGAAAGUGACUGAGACCCUCAAAAGUCAUCCAAGUAUCUAAUUGUGUACAACAGUGUUUCCAGUGAAAUGACUCAUCCAGAACUGUCUUAGUCAUACCCUUCUUCCCUGGUCAAAGAGUGAACCACCAAAGGUCCUUCCUUUUCCAUGGUUAUGAUCGAUUGCCAACAGCCUUAUAAAGAAAAAGCAGCUUUUCUAGGGGUUUGUAUAAACAGUGUUGAAAACUUUAUUUUAUGUAUUUGAUUUUAUUAAAUAUUAUACAGUAUAUUUUGACGAAAUAUAGUGUAAAUCUAUAAAUAUUUGAAUCCAAAUCAGAUAUAAUUUUUUAACUUACAUUCACGAACACCUGGGCAAAAAAGUUAUAUUUUUUCUGAAUAUUGGUAAUGAGUGUUUUAAAACUAAAGCACACAUUAUCUCCGAGACACUUCCAACAAUGAGAAGCCAGAAGGAAGUCUGAAAAACAGAAUCAAGUAAGACAGCGUAUAUUAUGUAGUGACACUGAAUGUUGAGUUAUUGAGUUCGUAAUUACAGUUGACCUUGAACAACACGGGGCUUAGGCGUGCCGACACCUGAUGCAAUUGAAAAUCUGCAUACAGCUUUCCAGUUGGCCCUCCACAUCCACCGCCACACAUCUGUGGACUCAGCCAGCCACAGAGCAUGUAGUACUGCAGUCCGUAUUUAGCGAAAGAACUCUGUGUGUAAGUGGACUCGUGCAGUUCAAACCAUGUUUUUCAAGGGUCAACUGUACUACCAGUAUACCCAUGAGUUAAAAGCUAGUUAUCUCAAACGUAGAGGACAAGAACUUGAGUCAGUCAUCUUGAGGAGAGAUCCGUGAAUCUCAGCUGGCAUUAGUGUUCUAUGUAACCACCUACCUGGAAACAGAUGGUUGUAAAUUAUAUUGUUUACAUGUCAUAUGGUUGGCAGCAGACAUUAAAGCCGAUAAGGGUAAAACAGUAAAUGCUCCGAAACCAGAGAAAAGCACCCAGAAGUACAGUUAUGAACGAGCAGCUUUUCCUUUUCAGAUACAUACUUGUCUUACCAGAUGACAGAACAUUGAGGAUAGUUGUCCCUUAUCCUGUCAAAGUUGUUUAAGCAUGAGAUAAAUCAACAUCUAGAUCAAAUUUUGGAAAAGAAAUUUAAAAGGCUAAUAGCUGUUAUGAAAUGAAAAAAUCAGACUAUAAUUACCUUUGUCCUGGAAGUCAUCCAAGUGUUUUUUAGGGAUCUAUUAAUUUUGAAUUGUCUGAAACUUUUUUUUAGACUUCUGAAAGUUGUUUACAUCAAUGUGAAACAAAUUUUAAAUGAAGAUGGAGGAGGAAUAAAAUUAUAUCUGAAUCAUGUUAGGAAAACAGGUAAAAAAUAGCAGGGUGGUUAGGACACACCCCCUUUCACAGGCAGGAAAAAACCCAAACAUCUAAAAAUGUGUUAGUGUGUCAUCUAGUGCUGUGCAAUGUAGCUUUUCUAAGCAUGACAUUGAUGUGCCUUUUCGAUGUAACAGCAAAUACCGUGUUAGUGAACAUUGUCAGUUUACUUCAAGUAUUGUGUGAGAUAUCAUUGAAGAUAGUGUGGACUGUCUCAAGUAACACUUGUUUGUUCCGUCGUUUUGUAAUCGUAAACAAAAUUACCCGAUGUGAGGUCUUCGCUAAGCUAAAACUGUUCCUGUUACCUUGCGAGGACUCCUCAACCUUGCCAUUCUCUGAGAACGUAGCUAAUCCUUCCUUCCUCGUUUCUUUAUGAAGCUUUUUUUGGGGCUUUGACUGCUCUGACGUCUGGUUUUCAAGUGCAUGUAUUGGGCGCAAACAAGCUUCCUACUCAUGUAUUUGCACUGGGCAACUCACACAAGGCUGCUGCUUUGGAGGAUGGCUCUGGAGGCACUUCUAUGGCCAAAGUUAAAAGGCAGGAUUGUUCUCUGCUUCCGUAGGGGAGAGCCUUAAAAAAGAAUGUGUUACAAACCCAUUCUUAAGAGGGUUUGUGGUUCUCCCCACUCCCAAUACCAUGUAACUUACUCCUCUUUUAUUUUUGCGUGGGAGGCUUCAGUCUCUUCUAGAAUGACUGGCAGACAUGUCUGCUGGGGACGCCCAGAGAUCAUAUAAAAGAUACAUGUUUUUCAGAACUGUUUUGAGAGCAAAAGAUAUUGUAUCUGAAGGGGAAAAACUGUAAGCUCUUUUAUAUGACUAAUAUUCUGGGGUUGGCAAGACUAUGAAGAGGUUUUUUGUUUGUUUUUUAAUGUGUCUAUUAGAACAAAGAACACACAGCUCUAUGAACACUCAUUUUUUGAGAGGUGGUUUUUAUGUUUGUACCUGGCAAAACAGAUACAAAAUGCUUAAUGAGGUAGCAAUGAAUAUUCAAUUCUUUCUUUUGACUGCUAAGUGUAUCCACCUACGACAUGUUUUAGCUAGUUUACUUAAUAAACCUUCUGAACACUA